UCACCUGCGGCGGAUAGUGCGCUCUCUCAAGCCGAAUCUCGUCCAAUUAAAAAACAGCACAGAAACCUAACUUCCGGACAACGUCACACCCCUAGACCAGUCUAGGUAAUCACUGCGAAACAUGCGCGGAAUUGUACCGACAGCACUUUUUGCGUUUGUGUUGUGAUUAUAUAUUUCGGACCACGGUUCUUAAAGAAGUUAAAAGGAAGUUGUGGUACAGAAGAUUUAGUGGCUCUCAGUGACCGAUUGCAGGAGAGUAAGACCCGCAGGACAGCCGCGGGUUCUUUCUUUUUUUUUGCGCGCGGUUUGGUUUCACAAAGGCGAUCCCGUGGGAACAUUUUAAUCGCCUUGUCAAGAUGCGAAAAGAAAAAGGAGCUCUACGUCUUCUCAUUUUGUUCAUGGCACUUGCUGUGCUGUGUGAGAGCAGGUUGGUGAAAGUGCCUGCUGGUCCACUGGUGCGUGUCGAGGGCCAGUCCGUGUCGAUCCGCUGUGAUGUCUCGGACUACGAGGGGCCACGUGAGCAGGAUUUUGAAUGGAACCUUAUACUGGAUAGUGAAACCAGUGUCCCUCUCAUCUCCACUUUCGAUCAGACUUACACAGACCCCUCGAUGAAGGACCGGGUCAAUAGCGGUGACGUCAGCGUUAAGAAACUGGCAGAUGAUGCAGUAGAGCUGACUAUUCAAAAGGUCAGGGCCUCGGACAGCACCAUCUACCGAUGCAGCACACCCAGCACUGAUUCUUCCGUCAAAGGGAACUACUUUGCAGAUGUGGAGCUUAAAGUUAUCGGCGACUCUCUAAAAGUGACACCAGCCAUUUCUCAGCAAACAGUGUCCGAAGGCGAGUCAGUGAACCUGCAAUGCAACAUCACUCGGGCCUACACAGCACACACUUCCCUGUCUGUCACUUGGUCUUUUAGAAAAGGGACAUCAUUGGAAGAGCUCUUGACAUUUGGACCAGGUGAUGUGUUGAAGGUGGGAAAAGCCUUUGCCCAGCGUUAUGCAGACGGAGAACUUAUUGUGGGGCUUUCUGGUGGUGGCAGUUACGGCUUGAUCCUGAAGGGAGUGAAACCACAGGAUCAAGGUGUGUAUGUAUGCACAGGCAGAGAGUGGACCAGGCAGCCUGGAGGAGGGAAGGGCUGGCAGAGUAUUCUAGAACGGAGUGAAGAAAUCGGGAAUGUUCUAGUCACACCCUUAGCCCAGUCUCUGGUGGUUUCUGUGGAGAAGAAUGUUACACUUAGAGUGGAGGACACUCUGAAUCUGACCUGCUCAGUAGCUGCUCAUGGCCUGCUUUCCCUGGGAAUGGAGGUGACAUGGCUGGUAAAGGGAUUGAGCAGCUCUGACAACCAGCAGGUGCUGCUCCAUGUUGGACGUGAUGGCCAAGUUCUGAGUGGCUCCGAGCUAGUGAGCAUGAGCAGGAUUCAGCCAGGCACCUUCAGGCUUCUACUCCCCAAAGUGCAGCCCUCAGACUCCGGCCUGUACUCAUGCCAGGUGAAGUGCUGGUUACCACAGGGAAGUGGAGGAUGGUAUCAGGCCGCUGAAAAAACCUCUGAUCCUAUCCAAGUUCUGGUAACACAGCUUGAACCAGAUUUUAAGGUGGGUCUCAGAGCCCCUAAGAUCCCCCAGUUCACAGAUGACCCCACUGAGCUGCUCUGUGAGGUGUCCAAUCUACUGAACAUGCCAGAUGGUAGUCUGGGUGUGACCUGGUCCUAUGCCAUCUUGCCAGAAGAUGCAUCUAGGAGCGUAACCACCAUCGCUUCCAUAGAUCAUCUUGGGGUCAUGGUACCAGGAGAGAUGUAUCGGCAGCAGCUGGGUGAUGGUAAUAUAGCAGUGACUCGCACUGAUCCGAGCACAUUUAAGAUGCAACUUCUGCGCACUCAGGACAAGGACAUGGGCUUGUACUCCUGCAGUGUGGCCGCCUGGACCCGUGGCCGCCAAGGAGAAUGGAACAAGGCCAAAGAGAUUAAGUCCAAACCUGUCGAAGUACGGUGGUCAUCUAAGACACCGGUGCUCAGUGUGGCAGCUGACCAAGUAAGAGAGGCUUCGACAGGCGGCUCUACGUUUGAGAUGAGCUGCAAAGUGACCGCUCAGAACAUACAAAACCCCAGCUAUUCAGUGCUCAUCCGCUUUGAAGAGACUGCAGGUGGAAAGUCGCGUAAAGUUGUGUCUCUGAGUGCAGACUCCAUACUGCAGCUGGAGGAAGGAGUGGUGCCCAGCCAUGCUGAUAGUGUGGCUCUAGAGAAGACGGGCCCACUAGAGUACCGCUUCCGUCUGAACAGCGCUCAAGUCUCUGACCGAGGCUUCUACUACUGUGACGUGACUGCUUGGACACGUGAUCAGAGCAACACAUGGAGAAGUGGAGUCAGUGCUGAAUCAAAUAAAAUACAGCUUGACUUUACUGACACAGGUCCUGUAUUCAAUGUGUCCAUUUACUCAGACAGCAGUCAGGUUAAGCCUGGGGACACAGUCAAAAUGAAGUGCUUUAUGUCUGUACAUGGGGCGACAUCCAACACAGGUGAGGUGGCAUAUGACAUUGAAUGGUUCCAGAGUCCAUCACAUGCUAUGGAGAAUGGUGCUGUGCCCCUGAUCAGCAUGGACCACUGGGGAGUAGUAAAGAAGAGCAGAGGAAAUGAGGGCACACACUGUAGUAUACAACGCACUGACAGGGACACAUAUGUGCUCAAUCUUUACAAUGUUCAGGACAGGGACAUGGGCAGUUACUACUGCACAGCCAAGCUCUGGCAUUUCUCUCCUGACACUCGACUUUGGAAAGAGGGGCAGACACUCACUUCAGCCUUAGUCUUUCUGUCCAUCAACUUGCCAUUGUGGGACUCUGUGAAGAACCCAGUGUUAUAUGGCCUUGGAGCAGCUCUGGUUGUCGGCCUGCUGUCUAUUGUCCUUGGUCUUAUCAUUUCUCGCUGCUGCUUCUCCAGAAACCUGAUGCACACGCCACGCAGCAAGCUCAUGGACCUGGAAAUGGACUGAGCCACGUGACCCAAACUCUUCCUCCUGCUAAUGUGACCUCAUUUUACUUUAACCCACUUCAAGAUAGCAUGGCUGCUAAUGUCCUUAGAAAUUGUAUUGAGCCACAAGUAUUCAUAUAUGUGUGAGUGCACUGUUUCAAGGGAGAAAAGGAGAAUCUUUACUACUUGCGUGUACUCAAGAUGAUGCUCCAGUGAGAGACACUUAUCUCAGGAUUAACUUGCCGAAAGUGGCCCCAUCCACAUUAAUGACUGUUCUCAGAACCUGUCCUGGGUUUCAAUGUUUUUGGAAGCACUUCAUCAGGAAUAACAUUUUGCACCCCCGCAGGCAUAGAACUGCAUUAUGGUGCAGCUAUUAACGCUAAAUAAUGAGCAGCAGAUUUUCGUUCCUGGAUGAAGGACUGUUGUGAAAGAGCUGCGGAAGCACAAGACACAUUGAACGAGCAGGGAAGCAGAUUCUAGAGUCUGCAUUCAUUCUCCCAGUCUCACUCCAGAGUCAGCCCCUGUCACUUGAUGACAUCAGCCAUGCAUGUCCUGCAUCUAACCAGCCUGUCUGUCAGUCAGAGCAGAGUCCUGCUGUUCAGAAGAGUGUUAUUCAGGAUUCCAGCUGACCGUCACUAAUGGCCGGGGGCACGGUUUCCUGAUCUGCUCCCACAGUGCACCCCUCUCUCGUGCACUCACUGCUGUCUAUUAGGGCAUGCUUGGCUGCAAGCUAGUGUCCAUUGUCCUAAUGACUAUCAGUUACUAGAGCUGGGCACUUUGCGGGAGAAAGUGUGCCCUGCUUACUCUGCUGGUGUAUAGCACACUGUCUGAUAAAUGACCUUCCACUUCAUGCUCGUAAAUGCUUCCUUUCUUCACAUAAUGCACACAGACACACACUGAUGCAGUCACAUACUAAUUUUAAAAUGCAUUAAUUUUUUUUCACAGAAAAUAGAACAGCUGCACUGUCAUUGCCCUCAAACUGCACUCAACUGCUCUCUUGUCCAUUACAAGCUGUCUCUUUUGAAAGCAGCAGCUGUGUUGGCCUGCAGUCGUCCAUUAUGUGACUCAGAAACCAUGUACAGUGUGGGCUUUUCUGUAUUGAGUUAAAGUAAGAUUCUGUAUUUGUUGCUAAACAGUACUUUAGGAUGAAGCUGACCCAGAACACAAAAAAUAAUCUGCACUAUAUUGCUGCAUGAUGGGACUUUUUAAAUCACUUUUAGGACUGUUUUAUUGUAUUUUAAGUAACAUUUGGGGGUGUUUUUAAAAAAAAUUAUGCUUGACUUAGUGCAGUUUUGUGCUUGCCUGUCUUUUGUUUAAAUGAUUUUUGAACAAUACUUAAUACAUAAAACAGGAAAUAAUUCCUCAAAAAAUUUAUAACAUAAUAAAGGUUUUUAAUAACCACAAUGUGGAUUAAUGUGGCGUUUUUUUGUUUUGUUUUGUUUUUUCUCCUUAACCCCUUGAUUUUGUUUCUGUAAAGUCUAAAUAAAUUACUGUUUUUAUAUUCAUAAGACAUUGUUUUGGUGGGAGUUGAAACAGGCUUCCAUAUUACUAUCUUUCACUUACAUAUCUAUGUUAAUUUAAAUUUCAUAAUUUAACAAUUAUAUUUUUUAAUGUAAUAAUGUUCCCCGGUGGUCCAGUGGUAGGAUCCUACAAUCUCCUGGAUAAAAAUGGGAGGGUCGUGUCAGGAAGGGCAUCCAGCGUAAAACCUGUACCAAAUCAAAAUGUGGAUUGGAUGAUCUGCUGUGGUGAUGCCAAACAGGGAGAAUCUGAAAGACAACAUUCUUUUAUGUAAUAAGAAUAACCAAAUUGUUAGAUACUCAAUAAAGUAUACUUCUUGUCAGCUCAGACCAGCCUGGUCAUUCUCUAC